CCUGUCAAUAUCGUUUCCUUCCAUAGUCGAGAUAUCGGUCGGUUCGAUUCGAUUCUUCUUUUUUGUUUUUUGCUCUUGAGAAAAAGUGGUCUUUCGGAUCCUAACACUUCCCCGUACUCGCGACAAUGUUGCCGUGCUAAGAAAUAUCAGGAUCAUUGGUGAUCUCCGAUCGCGAAUAACGGUGCGCGAUCGGUGCAUCCUUCACGAGCUGUAGUGUUCUUGCGGAUUCGACUUUCAGAGUAGAAAGUCUAAAAAAUCGCAACAGUGAUGAGCAGGUGUCAGCGAGCACGUGAAACAGUGAAGAUCCUCAAUUGCUCUAAAAGUGUGACCCAAGUCAUCAGAAGAAUAAAGUGUUACUUAUUAUGAUACACGCGAGUGUUAAACCAAACGUAAUCCAGUGGCUUACGCAUGCUUAGAGGCUACAUGUGUAGAAUUAAGGAGUUUUGUAUGUCUCAUGAAUUCAAUGUGUUUUCACAACAACUGUUAAGUUUUAUUCGUUAUAUUUUUCUCAACCACUAAUCUCUCAUUCUGGAUCAUCCAAGCGUCAGAGAUUGCAACCAUAACGACGGCUUCGAAUCCCGGGAAGGUGGAGCUAUGUAUAUAUCAUGCGGGAGUGCCGAUAGUACAACUCCCAUGGAGCCGGAAACGGGAUACGUCCCGAAUAAUCCCCUAUUUGGGAUGCCCCUCGACAGUCCGCAGGAAUGUCCAUCUUCUUGCGGUGGGAGCGGUUGUUCUAGCUGUCAGGAGAGCACAUCUCUUCCAUUGCCAGGCCUGCACGGAUCGGAUUUCGUCGACUGCGGAAACUGUCUCGACCACAACGGUGCGCUCAGUUCACAAAACCACCUAGGCAACUACUGGAGCGAAGAUAUGAGCACAUUCCCAGGGCUGCCACCAUUGGACAUCGACCCGUUGCCCAGCCUGUUUCCCUUCUCACCUUGUGGUGCUACGUACAACAGACCCGAACGUCCAACCCACGACGUGGCCGAUGUGCUGUUGUCGCUGAAACACGCCGUCCUCAAGCAAAGCCCAGAUCCGCAGCAGCUGCCCCAAGCACCAUCGCCCAGCUUUGCCCCUCCGCAGGCAUCACUUUCGUACACCGUCCACCCGCAGAUGCUCCUGUCGCCGGUUAGCCAUCACAAUCACAAUUCGCACUACAGUCAAGCUCAAUCUCAGAGUGGAUCAUAUCCCUCGAACUAUUACGAAACGUCUUGUGCACAACAUUCAACGCCAAUCUAUCCGAGCAUGAGUGUGAACGUUAGCAUGAACAUGACAAUGCACGGUUACGGUGCAGCGGAUGGAACAAUGCCAAUGCAGUGCUCCCAGAUGCAGUGGGGUCCUCAGACUCCGUCAUCCUCGGUGAAUGUCCUGUAUCCACCAUUGCUCAGUCCAGUGCCGUAUCCGGCUGGUGCUACCUACUCGUUCACCGCUGACUUUAGGCCACAAAAUCAAACGCAGAAUCUAUCACCAAUACUGGAAUCCUCAAAGAAUUCCAGCUUACAGUCGCACCACCAUAAAUCGUACUAUCAACCGAACGCGGCAGACUACUCGCCACCAAAGACUCCUCCGGAAUACGAACAGACCGAUUUUCAACUGAAAAUGAAAACGGAAAAGUCGUUGGGAAUCAACUACGAGGAGGAAGACGGAAGCGGCAGCGACGGUCAAAACGGAGACAACAAGCCGAACCUCUGUCGGCUAUGUGGCAAAACGUACGCCAGGCCAAGCACGCUCAAAACACACCUUCGAACACACUCCGGGGAGCGCCCGUACCGGUGUUCGGACUGUAACAAGAGUUUCAGUCAGGCUGCCAAUUUGGCCGCUCACAUUCGCACUCACACGGGGCAGAAACCGUUCCGGUGUCCGAUUUGCGAUCGACGUUUCUCGCAAAGUUCUAGCGUCACAACCCACAUGCGCACUCACUCUGGAGAGCGACCCUAUCGCUGCCGGGCCUGUAAGAAAGCCUUCAGCGACAGCUCCACACUUACCAAGCAUCUGAGAAUACACAGCGGCGAAAAACCCUAUCAGUGUAAGCUGUGCUUGCUGAGGUUCUCCCAGUCCGGCAACCUUAACCGCCAUAUGCGCGUUCAUGGAACAAAUGGACAGGCUCUCAUGACAUGACAGCAGAAACAAACGCAGCAACCGCCUCCACCUCUUCCUCCGGGGUCUUUUACGCACCCCUACGGCCAAUCUCCUCAGAACGCGCUCCAUCACUACAGUCGCACUUCGUCUGCAUUGAUGGCCCCGGCAGCCGUACAAUCCGUUGGUGUAGGUGCUCCGACCGCCACGGGAACGACAAGCACAUCGACAGGCUCCAACUACGGAAGCAGCAUGCCAUUUUCCCCUGUCGGAACCAGCGCCAGCAAUUCCUACAACAGCUUCAACUUCAAACCAUUCCCACCGCCACCGCAUCAUCAUCACCAGCUGUCCUACUUUGAAGAGUACCACCACUAUCAACAGCAGCGCAACAAAUACGAUGAUAUUAACCUGUUUAGGAACAACUUUGUGAAUAUAUUUUAAGCUCUCGUCUUUCUACUUCGCAUCUCACGCGCAUUCCUUCAGCUAUGGAAGGUCACAAUCAAUAUCUCAAUAUACUUGUGUAAUAGCAGUUCUGAUUGUUAGGUGUCAAGCAGCGCGCAGCAGUCGUUAAUCGUUAAUUCUAGUCAGCGUUUUUUUGAAAGGUACACAAACAGGAAAUUGUAACUAAUGGCGAAUCAACGAGCAACCAGGUUAUCAACUAGCAACAUGAAGGAAAAUUUAGACAUUGGUAGCAUUCUAGGAUACUCCUAACUGUUUUCUGUACAUGUUCCAAGUAGUUUGUACGAAGGAUGAUGGAAGAGUUUUGUGUGAUUCAAGAUAACUGUACUGAA